CAACAUCGGGCUUUUCUGACACUCAACUUUUCUUCCUCAGCCCAACACAGAGUUCCUGGGAAUGACUGCUAUAUUCUUGCUGCUCUGUAUCUCAUGUCUUCUUCUCUUUUUCACAUGGAGAAGCAGAUCACAGAAAGGGAAGCAGCCUCCUGGUCCCAUGAGUCUCCCCAUUAUUGGAAACAUUCUCCAGCUGGACCUGAGGAAUAUACCUGAAAGCUUGAAGAUGAUCAGCAAGGAAUAUGGUCCUGUCUUCACAAUACAUUUAGGCCCACAGAAGGUCGUGGUGCUGUAUGGCUAUGAUGUGGUGAAAGAAGCCCUGAUUGAUCAGGCAGAUACCUUCAGUGGAAGAGGCAAUCUUCCACUGAUUAAAAAAUUCUUCCAAGGCACAGGCAUUGUGACCAGCAAUGGAGAAACCUGGAAGCAGCUCCGACGAUUCGCACUCCUCACCCUGCGUGAUCUGGGGAUGGGGAAGAAGAGUGUUGAGGAUCGAAUCCAGGAGGAAGCUCAUUUUCUGGUGGAGAGGCUCAGGAACACACAUGAGCAACCCUUCGACCCAGGCAACUUCCUAGUCCAUGCUGUUUCCAACAUCAUCUGCUCCAUCGUCUUUGGGGAUCGGUUUGAAUAUGAAGACAAGAAAUUUCUUACAUUAAUUGAGCUGAUAGAUGAAAACAACAGGCUCCAGAGCUCUUUACAAACACAGCUAUACAAUUUCUUCCCAACUGUCAUGGACUUUUUACCUGGGCCUCAUAAUAAAAUGAUGAAAAAUAUUGAAAAAAUUGAUAAAUUUGCUUCAGAAAUUAUAGCAGAUCACCAGAAAACCUGGGAUCCCACUUGUCCUCGAGACUUUAUUGAUGCUUUUCUUAAUAAAAUUGAGCAGGAAAAAGGAAAUGGUCUCUCAGAAUUCACCAUCGAGACCUUGAGCAGAACCACGCUCGACUUGUUCCUUGCAGGAACAGGGACAACCAGCAUUACCCUGAGAUAUGGAAUUCUGAUUCUCCAGAAAUACCCAGAGAUAGUAGGGAAAAUUCAAGAGGAGAUUGACUCUGUGAUUGGCCGAGACCGAAGCCCCUGCAUGGCAGAUCGGAGCCAGAUGCCCUACACAGAUGCUGUGGUCCAUGAAAUCCAGAGAUUCAUUGAUUUCCUUCCAUUUAACGUCCCACAUAGUGUGAUCAGGGACACCAAGAUCAGAGAUUAUUUUAUCCCCAAGGAUACUAUGAUAUUCCCUAUGCUGACUUCUGUGCUACAUGAUAGCAAGGAAUUUCCAAAUCCAGAAAAAUUUGAUCCAGGACAUUUCCUGAAUGCAGACGGUACUUUUAGAAAGAGUGACUACUUCAUGCCAUUUUCUGCAGGAAAACGCAUCUGUGCAGGAGAAGGCCUGGCUCGAAUGGAGAUAUUCAUAUUUUUAACAGCCAUCCUGCAGAACUUUACUUUGAAAUCUGUUGUGGAUCACAAGGAUAUUGACAUUUCCCCAUUAAUCACCGCUCUGGCAAAUAUGCCUCGUCCUUACGAGGUCUCUUUUUGUCCACGUUAGCCAAGUGAAGGCAGUUGCCAGCCCCCAAAACUCAUGAAAGCUCUGGAUGAAUGACAGUCACGUCCCAAUUUGUUGAGACCGAAACACUCAGGUUAUUUGCUGUUUAUGGAGAUCAUUUGCACUUAUGGUUAGAAUCAUGCUUAGAAAAAAUAGUACAGUGCUUUGAUAAUCACUACAGACAACUCUGAACAGGGUCAGAGAAAGCAAUUGCAUAGGGAAUGAUACAGCUCUCUAUACAUUUACUUCAUCCAGUUCAAGUUCCUCUCUGACUUGUGACAUCCUGACAUGUGUGGACAAGAGAGCCCUGAUGCUGCUGCUGCUGUCCACAGCAGCUGUUCCUCUCAGCACAGCAGGAACAGAUGUUUGUACUCCUGAAUUUCCAUGGACUCUGCUUGAGGUACCUCUCUUCUCCGUAUUUUCUGUUUAUUUGUAAAGGUAAACACAAAACUGUGGGGGUUUUUUUCAAUUAGACGAUCAUCUUGCCUCAGUACAUAUUAUCUCCUGUGGUGGAGAUGGAAUUAGACACUGACUGGGUAGAUGGGUCCUCUCUUGUUUGAUUAUAAUUAAGGCAUGCGAAAUUACAAUUUAUAUUACCAAAUAAAUAAGUAGGCUGAAUUGUUUUUCUGAGAUCCCAGAAUAAAGUUUAUACUCCAAAAUAUCUUUCAAGUCUUGUA